GGCAGCCCAGUCCCCCAAUCCCAGCGAGAGUCGGAACCAAGAGGUCCCCACUCCCGUCCCCCAGGAGGCCGUCUCUGCCUCUACCUUCUGAGGAGGGAGAGGGCAUCUGCUCUUCUGAAAAGGGAAGGGUGCUAAGAACUGUACGUCUCCCUGGGAGGACCGGUUUGGGCUCACCUGUAGCGGCUGGGCCCCCCAGGUUUGAGGGUACUUCUCACCUUCCUGGAGGAAAGGAUGUGCUGGAAGCCCCUGCUGCUCCUGCUGCUGUGUUACGAUGCUCAGGCCACUGUGCCCCACAGGUGGAGCAGGGCUGUGCUCUUCCCUGCAGCCCAUCGACCGAAGAGGUCCUCUUCCAUGCCCUUGAACCCCGUCCUGCAGAACUCCCUGGAGGAAGUAGAACUGCUCUAUGAGUUCCUGCUAGCUGAACUUGACAUCAGCCCCGACCUGGAGAUCUCCAUCAAGGAUGAGGAGCUCGCCUCCUUGCGGAAGGCCUCGGACUUCCGCGCCGUCUGCAACGGCGUGAUCCCCAAGCACAUCCCAGACAUCCGCCGGCUGAGCGCCAGCCUCUCCAGCCACCCCGGCAUCCUCAAGAAAGAGGACUUUGAAAGGACAGCGCUCACCCUGGCCUACGCGGCCUACCGCACAGCCCUGUCCCAAGGGCACCAGAAGGACCUCUGGGCCCAGUCCCUCGUCAGCCUUUUCCAGGCCCUGAGGCAAGACCUGGUGCGGUCCUCAGGCUCCAGACUGUCUCCCUGAGAGACCCGCCCACAGCAGGACUGCCCCGGCAGGGCCCAGCACAGGCUGUAAUCCAGAAAUUCUUCAUUCUCCACUCCAUUUACAGAGGCCGGCAUCAAAACACAUGCCUCCACCUCGGAGCAGCAGAGAUCAAAUAGCGAGGCCCCAUGCUCUUUACCCACUGCAGCUCCCUGACGAGCACACCUGACUCACGUCAUACUGUGACCUGGGCUAUAGAGUAGUCAUUCCAGAUGUCCCCAGAGGCCGAACGGGUUGCCCAGUGACAUGCAGAGUCGCAGAUACACACUUUGACACUGAGUAGCUGCCAUAAACAUGCAAGAGGGAGGACAGAGCUGGAGGAGACGUGGUAGAGCCCAGUGGAAAGACCAGGGACAGAUUUCUUUGGCCCUGAGAAGUCAGAGUGCUGGGUCGAAUGAACAUUCUUUCUGAAGGUUCGGUAGUAAGAUACACAGAAGCCAGAGAUGCAGGAGAGCAAACACAUUGUCAGCCCAGGAUCUACUCCUCAACUUUUCUAAAGGUCACCGAGAAGAAUCGGGCAGAACGUUGGUGAUUGUACGACCCGUAUGUCUCGUGUCUUCCUAUGUGAAGGCCCCUUCACUACACACAGCCAGGCCCAGUCUUUUGAACGGAGAAGCCGGGCUAAUGCGGACAGGGCCGUCCUCACACAGAGCGGGCAGCCACAGCCUUGCUCUCUGUCGUGAUGCUCAAAUCACCUAGGACCAUCGGGGAAUGACAUGCUCCCAAUAAAAAUGAUUUUCAGAUGACAGAUUUUUACCCUUUCAAAUGCCAAUUUUUCAUUUUAGCGAUAAUGGCUCAAUGGCUUUGAAAACCACACAUAAGAGGUGCCUUCAGCUCUCAUUUGGUGUCUGUGAAACACUGAAAUGAAUGAGCUGGAUACGAUAUUUUCUAAGACUCUUCGACUUCUGAGAUUCUCACGAUCGUUGAACUAAUGAUUGUGAUAAUGUAAUACCCCGUGAGGUAUUACAAGGAGGACCCCGGACCCAAGAGGCCUGCUGGACUGUUUGUAGCAACCGUGGACGUUCCCAGGCUUUGCUAAUUCUGCACUGGGGGGUGAGUUUUUCUGCUGCCUUCCUCGCCAUCAGGCUACAAGCGUGCACUUUUCUUGCCCUUUGCUUUCUGUUCCGUGCUAAAUAAGAGUUAAUAGAUGAAGACCUCUGCUAGGAGUGAAGUACCUGGGUUCUAAUAGACUCCUCACUGCUCUGGCCAGUGUGGCUCAGUGGCUUGGAGAGUCAUCCUGUAACUGAAAGGUUGUGGGUUCGAUUCCUGGUGCAGGUGCACAUGAGAGGCAACCAGUUGAUGCUUCGCUCUCACCUCAAUGUUUUUUUCUCUCUUCUUUCUAAAAGCAAUGAAAAAAAUGUCCGUGGGUGAUGACAAAGAAAAUUUUUAAGAUUCCUCACUAGCUUAGAGGUCUUUCUGGCUUCUCCUAGGUGUACAGUGUGGGCCAGGAGGCUGAUGUCACAAGCAGUCUGAUCUUUGAACGAGUGAGGAUUCACUGGGCUAACCUUGAUCUUGAAACAGGUAUUUAACAACUGUCACUGGGUGACGGCAAAAGCUGGCCUGGACUUCUUCAGGACUGGACUCGCUCAAUCUUUGAACGAGUGAGCUGGGCUCAGCAGCACCAGCUGCGGGACCUUUUUGGAGAAACACUGGAAUGCUAGGAAAACACGGCCUUGCAUCCUGAUGUCCUCAGGCUUAGAAGACUCAUGACACACACUCAUUUAUCCCCUGAUCAAACUGCGCAUUUACCUCCCCCAACCACAGGCCGACAUAGGCUUUUUUGCUCAGCUUUUUUCUUUCUAAUGUUACCUGUUCUCUUUAAUGGUCACUGCGCUGGUCUCCCUCUUUUUUCCAAGUGCCAGUCCAUGCCUCUGCAUUCUCCCUUGGGGCCCGAUUCUGAUUAUCUUUGCAGUUGUUUCUCGAAGCCGCUCCAAGUGGCCGGUGGCUGGCAUCAGCCAGCCCGCAUCCAUGCUCUGAGCUCACUGGCUUUAGGUCUCCUUUGCACAUCACUGUCUGGCUAGAACAAAAGUCAAGGUGGAGACACAGCCCGGAUUGCCCAGCAGGCAGACUUAGCCUUACAAUCUGCCUUCGCUGUUUGUACUACUUGUCCUUGCUGGGGAGCGGGGAGGGGCUCAGCAGAGGCCUCAGUCUCUAGACGCUGGACAAUAAACACUCCACCCCACCAGAAGGGGUCUGAGAGCCUUCAGUCACCAGCUAGAAAGACCCACCCUGUGGUCCCUGGUCUCCAUGUCCUGAUAUGCACAGCUGCUCCCAGCGCGGGGAGAUCUGUGAAUGGCAGGGAAGGUUCCCAGACCAGGGACAGCAAUUGUGGUUCACUCACCCUAUAAUGAAAAAUUAAAGGCACUUUCGUACUCAUAAAUCAAAGCCCACAUUUACGUGGUAAUUCAUGAUGGGAGAAAAAAUAGAAACAAGAAAGGCAUGACUUUCUUUAAAGACAAAUGAAAAUUUCAAUUUCAGUGACUAGAGGCUCCUUAUAACACUAUUUUAGUCUGGCUACAAAUGAAUUGUUUACCCCACAGAAAGUUUUAUAACAAUGACUUCAUUUAUAUGCAAAAUCAAACAUCAUGCUCACAACUGCCACCCCAAAACCCGCCUCUCUGCCCCCGAUGAACAACAAGGUAGAAGCCUGGACAGAAGUAGAAUCUUCCAUCUUGCCUCCUGAAUGCUACUCUGUACAUGACAAAAUCACGAACCAAGCCACAGGUUGCCAUAUUUACUCACAAACAGAAUAAUUUCGGGUGUGAUGUUUGUAGUGGGAACUUGCCUGUGACUUAGGGAACCAAUUGUGCCGUUUCUACAUUGCUGGGAAAUUUGAGGAUCUAGAAAUUCUGGAAGUUUCCUCUAGAGAUGGCAUCCCCAUGGUUACUUACCUCCGGUGGCACUCAAAAGAGACACUGAAAAAUACCCAUGUGCCAAAACUUUGAUUGCUCUGGUGCCUCACCUUGAAUCUCACUGAAAGAGAAUCGCGUAAGUGGCAAAUCAGCCAGAAGGUGUUUCUGCAGGUAAACUGAUCUGAAAUCAAAUGCUCGUUCGAUGACUCUACACAACACCCCUUACUUUCCUAAACCAUUUUCAUGUCUUAUUCUUUUUACUAUAGAAAACAUGCAUGCACACACACACACACACAAUGUAAAUUUACCAUCGAACCAUUUGUAAGCACACAGUGGUGUCACUUAAUGCACAUUGUCCUGUGACAGAUCUCUAGAACUUCUUCAUCCAGGACGAAUGGCAUCUAUGGAACAGUAAUUCCCCUCUUCCCUGUCCCCCAAGCCCCCGGCAACUACCGUUCCAUGUUAUGUUUCUAAGAGCUUGACUACUUUCAACACCUCGUGUACGUGGUAUUUGUCUCCCAUUUCUUAAGCCUUGUCCUCUGGAGAAUGUUUUCUUCAUCUGAGAAGUGGACAGAGAUCUGAAGAACUACUGGCCUGACUGUGUCAUUCCCUUUACCUAAUUUUAUUGAACAAAUGUUUACUAAUGGUGGAAUAAAGAUGUCAUGAUGGAGUUA